GGGUCCCGGGGGCGGCUCUGGGGACACACCUGCUCCGCGCGCCCCGCAGCCGGGGAAGCAUCGGGGUGUCGGGGCCGUGGGGAAGCGCCGGGGAAUGAGCCACGAAACCCGGGCUGCGCCCGCACCGGGAGCGCUGCAGAUCCGGCUGGAGGCACCGGGAGAGCAUCUCGCCUGUGAGCGAAAAGCUGAGGAGGAGCGGCAAAGUGCAGAGCUGCUGAAACAGACGGAAGCCGAGAGGCAGAAGAUCGUUGCGGAGUGGAAGGAGCUGCGAGGGUUUCUGGAGGAGCAGGAGCAGCUCCUGCUGUCCCAGCUGGAAGAGCUAGCCAGAGCCAUCGUCAGGAGACGGGACAAGGGCGUCUCCAGACCGUCCGGGGAGAUUUCCCUGCUCGGAGAGGAGGGGCAGCAGCAGCCAGGGAGCCAAUCCCCACAGGGUGCUGGACGCACUGAGAGCAGCAGGGAGGACGGGCCGUUUCAGAAGCCAGAGCUGGGGUUUGCGGAGCUGGAGAAGAGACUCAGCGAUUUCUCUCUGAAAAGUGCCAUCCUGCAGGAGGUGCUGCUGGGAUUCAAAGAGACUCUGCGACUGGAGCUGGAGAACAACACAGGGUUUCCAGUUUCCAAACCUGAUGGUGUCUCCCAGCUGGAACAAGGGGAAGAGCCGUGGGUCCUGGGUCUCCAGGGCUCAGAGGAAAGAGAGAUCCAGGGAGGUGCCUGCCGGGCAGGCGAAGGGGCAGUGAGUAAGAGCAAGGAGGAGAAUCCUCAGCAGAAAGAUCACAAGCUCGUGGAAUCACCCGGGAUGUUUUCAGAAAGAUUUGAAGGGAAUAUUCAUUGGAGUCAUGAGCGGAGAAAAGCUCAUGAGAGUCAGCAGGGAAAUCAGCCAGGGCAUGGUCGGGGAAGUGGCCAGGACCUCCAGGAAACCACAGCCCAGCAGAGAAUUCCCCCAGGAGAGAGAAAAAACACCUGCACGGAGUGUGGGAAAACCUUCAGUAGUCGCUCCAACCUUAUUACACACUGGAGAAUCCACACAGGAAAUAGACCGUAUAAAUGCUCAGAGUGUGGGAAAAGCUUCAAUCAGCGUUCAAACCUUAUUAAACAUUGGCGAAUCCACACGGGAAAUAGACCCUUUAAAUGCCAUGACUGUGGGAAAAGCUUCACUGACAGCUCAAACCUUACUCAGCAUCAGAGAACCCACGUGGGGGAGAGACCCUAUAGAUGCUCAGAAUGCGGGAAAAGCUUCACUCGGAGCUCCGACCUUAUUAGACAUGAGACAAUCCACACGGGAGACAGACCCUUUAAAUGCUCCAAGUGCGGGAAAAGUUUCAACGACCGCUCCAACCUUAUUACGCAUCAGAGAACCCACAUGGGGGAGAGACCUUAUAGAUGCUCAGAGUGCGGGAAAAGCUUCAGUGUGAGCUCCAGCCUUAUUACACACUGGAGAAUCCAUACGGGAGAGCGACCCUAUGAAUGCUGCGAGUGCGGGAAAAGCUUCACUCGGAGCUCAGACCUUAUUAGACAUGAGACAAUCCAUACAGGAGACAGACCCUUUAAAUGCUCCAAGUGUGGGAAAAGCUUCAAUGACCGCUCCAACCUUAUUAGACACCAGAGGAUCCACAAAGGACAGUAAACUCAUUGACUAGGGCUGGCCAAAAAUGCUUUUGCUAAUUCCUACAUAGAGAUCUUUAAGGCUGUUUGCACCGUUGUGUCACUGUGCGCUCUCAGCUGCCCCACUUUUGUGUUUGCAGCUCACCCUUCUUUGGGGUGAAUCCCAGGGCCCCUUCUAUCAGCCCCUUUGUCCUGGUAGUGGACGGGAUGGUGUCCCCCACCUGCCGGGAAUAUCCAUCAGCCCCGUGUGGGGAGAUAGCAGUGACCUCGACUAGCUACGUUGAGAUAUAAUCUGCCUAGGCCAUGUCUCCACUGGGAUUUUCCAUGGAGAUAAUUAGCCCAGGUUAGCUCUCAUAGACUCAUAGACUUUAAGGACAGAAGGGACCAUUAUGAUCAUCUAGGCUGACCUCCCGCAUGAUGCAGGCCACAAAGCCGUCCCAACCCUUUCCCUUGACUCUGCU